GCUUGUACACCUAGAGCAGCCAAGAGAGAGAUAUGAAAACAGUUGCGCUGGAGAGCACUGAAAAACGGUGGAGUAUCACUUAAACUAAAAAAAGAAUCAAAGGAAAGCAAAAUAACUCAAACAACCCUGGAGGAGCCAGAGAAAGACACCACACAGCACGAGCAUGAAGCCACGAUGAGCUGUGCUCAGGCUGGCCCGGAGGAGAGCUCCGCUAAUGCCAGCGCCAAUACUAACACCAGCCUCAACAGCACCACCAACGAUGAGUUGGAGUGCAAAAUCUGCUACCAGCGCUACAAUGCACACAGCCGCAAGCCCAAGAUUCUGGACUGCCUGCAUCGCGUGUGUGCCAGAUGCCUCAAUAAGAUCCUGGACAUGGGGGACGGCGCCAGCUCCAUCAGCUGCCCUUUCUGCCGCCACGAGACGCAGGUCAGCGAGUAUGAAGUGGCCGGGUUGCCAGACGACUCAAACAUCAUGUCCCGUCUGGCCGUGCGGGACAAGUCCUGGAGCUCGGACCACAGUAAGGAGGUAGUGCUGACGCCCAAGAGCCUGUCCUCCGAGAGUCCAUCCCAUGACUCCUCCAACUGCCUGGUCAUCACCAUCAUGGAGGUGCAGCGGGACCAGCAGCGCUCACCCAGCCAAAACGCCAGCUCUGACUACUACAGCAACCAUAGUCUGGACUCAGUCUCCGUAGCAUCUAACAGCGGUGCAGUGGACCAAGACGCACUGUCCAAGUUCUGCAAUCACGUGCCGCGAGUCUUGGUGUGGCUGCUGGGCUUUUUCUAUUUCGGUUCGCUGCCACUUGGCAUCUACUUGCUGGUGAUCCAGAGAGUGACUCUGGGGAUUGUGUGCGUGAGUCUUGUGCCAUCCAGUCUCACAGUCUGUCUCGUCUACGGCUUCUGCCAGUGUCUGUGCCAGGGCAUGUGCGACUGCUCCAACAGGGGUUGACUGGUACAAAACAGGCCAGUGAAAAUCAUAGGCUACAUCAUCUCACCAUACAGAGAUAAAAAUAAGCUUUAGGCAUCUGAAUCUCCUCGCUGCAAAUCAAAUGCAAUGUGUACCAUCUUGCUAUGAAGGGAUAUGUACAAGCAGCUGUGAUAAGAGGACGGGUCAAGCAUUAAAGAGGAAGGUCAGUCUGGAGGAAACAUUAUUAGCUUAACACAGUUUAUGCACAUACCCUUCCAGCUCAUUCUGAAGUAAAAAAGCUGACCUUAGAAAUGUUCUCCAUGCAGAGCAGAUGAUGAUGCACGAGUGGGAGUUUAUCAAAGCGGAGUGGAUGGACUUUGUGUGUACAGCCAGGCAGAGCGGAUGGGCCAUAAAGAAUAAAGUUUUAUUGUGGUUGAUUUUCAUCGCUGUGAAAUAAACUGCAUGCCCUGAUUCUCAAUGAAAAGGCUCCAUGAGCAGCACUGUUACAGGUUAAGUCUGGACUAGUCUGUCUGGUUAAAGACUUCUACUGUAGGUAUUACAAAGUAAAGAGGUGGGUAACCACUGAGGUAAGAAGGGGCCUUUAAAUAAAGAGA